AUAACACAAUCUCACGAUCAAGCUAACUCAUAAAGCUUUUUAACUAUGGGAUUCAACAGAAUCCUCUUCUGGCCACUUGCCUUUUUCACUUUUUCCCUUUCCAUCAUGAUUGUUCGCCAUUACACGCCACCUUCCCUCACCACCAUCGCUUCCAUUAAUCCUCAAAGAAAUUUCAAACAACAUGUUAUCUUAAGUAGGAUUAUAAAGCUCAGUGGGGCUGAAGACUUUGUCUCUCUAAUAACAAGAUUUGCGAGGCUUCACCCCAGAAGGAAGCAGAAGGAAAAAUGUGACAAGGCCACCUGGGAUUCUGAUCUUAUUUUGGACUACAAUGUGAGUCUUGUUUUGACGGUUAGCUUAAAGGAUUGUGGAAAUUUUAGCAGCAUACAAAAGGCAUUGAAUGCUGUUCCCGAAUCGAGUCCUGAUAAAACGCUUAUCAUUAUUGAUUCUGGCAUAUACAGAGAGAAGGUAGUGGUGGAGGCAAGCAAAACAAAUUUGAUAUUGCAAGGUCAAGGAUAUUUGAACACAAUCAUAGAAUGGAAUGAUACUGCCAACUCGACAGGAGGGACCUUUAAUAGUUACACAAUUGGAGUCUUUGCUUCUAAGUUUCUUGCUUACAAGAUUAGUUUUAAAAAUACGGCCCCAGCACCGUCGCCAGGUAUGAUAGGAGCACAAGCAGUUGCAUUAAGAGUGAGCGGUGAUGAAGCAGCAUUCUACGAAUGUGGAAUGUAUGGUGCUCAAGACACCCUCAAUGAUGAUAGUGGAAGACAUUAUUUUAAAGAAUGUUUCAUCCAAGGAUCCAUUGAUUUCAUAUUUGGGAAUGCAAGAUCUUUUUACGAGGAUUGUACCAUAAACUCUAUAUCAGCUGAAGAAGGAGCUAUGAUUUCUGGGUCCAUCACAGCUCAGGCAAGACAGUCGGAGAAUGAAGAAACUGGAUUUUCAUUUGUGAAUUGUAAGAUUAUUGGGAGUGGAAAAGUGUGGCUUGGAAGAGCAUGGGGAGCAUAUGCCACUGUGGUCUUCUCGAAAACAUUUAUGUCUGAAGUUGUUGCUCCUGAAGGAUGGAAUGAUUGGUCUAAUUCUACCAGAGACAUGACUGUCUUUUUUGGAGAAUAUCAUUGUCUUGGAGGUGGAGCCAACUACUCGUCUAGAGUCACAUAUGGAAAGCAACUUAAAGACUAUGAAGCAGGACGCUUCAUGAAUGUUUCAUAUAUUGAUGGAAACGAUUGGCUUCUUGAUCAUCGAACAAACUUAGAUGUUCUUCUAAUGUCAGAAAAAUAGGGGGGAAAAAUCUUCUCUCUUCUUGAAUUAGUAAGUUAAUAGUAAACCAAUAUAUUGUUUACGCCGCUUUAAUCUAACUCGCACAUGAUAAUGGUGAGGAGGAGAAGAUAAGGUUUAGCUAGAUUGAAACCUUCUUUUUAGAAUAUAUUGUUCAUUAUUGAUUUGUUUAGAAAUGUUGUCUUUUAGUUGACUUCUUCAGUCUUCAUUGUGAACCGUCCUAUGAGCGACAAUAGUGAUUCCAGAAUUAUUCACUUCUUUGU